AAAUGGAGGUCUUUGACUUGAAACCCUCCCCAAAAUGUAUCAAUAAAAACUUCAAGCACAGAGCUAAGCACGGGAGAUCAAGUGGGGAAAGACAGAGAAGAGAAAAAUGGAGGAAAUGGAAGAGAUAGAGAUUGUAAUAGUUGGCGCUGGCAUUUGUGGCCUUGCUACUGCACUUGCUCUUCAUAGAAAAGGUAUCAAAAGUGUGGUUUUAGAAAGAUCGGAGUCACUGCGAGCAAGCGGAGCAGGUAUCACUAUCCGGACGAAUGGUUGGCGGUGCCUUGAUCAGCUUGGUGUUGGCUCUGACCGUAGACAUACUGCCCUUCCUUUGCAAGGGGGACGCGAGAUGCAGCUUUCUAACGGCAAGAUAAAGGAAAUAUCACUCGGGAGACGGGCAGAAACCCGAUGCAUGAGGCGGAGUGAUCUUAUCAGGAUCCUAGCAGAAAGCUUGCCUCUCGGCACAAUUCACCUUGGAUACCAAAUACUCUCGGUUACACUAGACCCACUUACUUCCUAUCCAAUUAUUCAGCUCCAAACCGGGAGUUCAAGGUUUAAUCUGUCCUUAAUCAUAUUGCAGGUUUUGAUUGGAUGUGAUGGAGCCAACUCUGUAGUUGCAGAUUUUCUUGAGCUAGAGCCAAAAAUUCUUUUAUCGUUGUCGGAAACUAGAGGUUUUACCAAUUAUCCAAGUGGUCAUGAUUUCGAGAUGGAAUUUUUUCAAGUUUCUGAGGGUGACAACAUAAUGGUUGGAAGGCUGCCAAUUGAUAAUAAGUUGGUCUAUUGGUUUGUCAAUCAGAAAAUAAAGCCCAAAGGUGCAGUGAUUGCAAAGGAUCCAGAGCUCAUUCAUAAACUGACUCUUGAAUCGAUUAAGGACUUCCCCACAGAAGUGGUGGACAUGAUAAGAAACAGUGAGCGUGAAUCAAUCUCUCAGGUACGCUUGGUACACCGUGCCCCCUGGGAAUUACUUGUUGGAAGUUUCCGAAAAGGAAGCGUGACGGUGGCCGGAGAUGCCAUGCAUGUCAUGGGUCCAUUCAUGGCACAGGGUGGCUCAGCUGCUAUAGAAGAUGGAGUCGUCUUGGCAAGAUGCUUGGCACAAAAGUUGCACGAAAUUGAUAUCAAGACAAAUGGGUGGAGGAGGAGGCAUAUAGUUGGAGAAGCAUUGGAUCAAUAUGUGAAAGAACGGAGGAUGAGAUUGGUCUGGCUCUCCACACAAUCUUAUCUCCACAUUUUGCUAAUCGAUAGUACUCCACCCUUGCUUGUAAGACUUAUAUGUAUAGUCUUACUGAUGCUUUUCUUCAGUGACUAUGCAGCUCACACGCAAUAUGACUGUGGCCGCCUAUGAGGCAUCGGCCAUGCUUUGAAGCUGUGCAAUUAAUAUGGGAAAAACUCUAUUUAUCAUCAUUCUCUUAUCAUAUUUUUAUGUAGUAUCAAAUGAUUUGAAAGUAAGUAAAAGACGAUAAAUAGUUUUCUAA